UAGUCAUAAUUGCAAGGGGUAAAUGGAAAGUUGUGAUACAGUUGCACAAACAGGGUGCAGGAAAACACGUAGAAGUAAAACCUGCAAGAUAUCUGAUAGAACUAAAAUCCUGCAGAGCACGCAGGAAGGCUAUGUGAUGGAAGCAGAAUAAUCCAGUAGAACAAGCAAAACUAGAACAAGUCCAGAUCCCAAAAAUAAGAUGUCAAAAGCAAAUGAGAGCAUUCUUUGGGGUGUUAAGGGCAGAAAAGCAAGAAGCAUCCACAAUGAGAGAGGGAAGAUGGGGAAGAAAGAAGACAACCCCCUUCGGUUUCUGCUUCUCUCAGAGGCUAAGAACCAUCAAGGAUAGUAGCCAUCAGUGCUCACUGAAAUUACAUCAGUUCCAUGGCUUUGUAUGCUCCCACCUAAUUUAGAGUAAGUUUGUGAAGGCUAAUUGUUCUGUACAUGAUACUGACAGAUAGCGACGAUGAACUCACCUUUGGUGAUGGGUAUCGUUAGUGAAUAUGAAUCCAGUAAAGAGUUGUUUUGCAAUUGAAACUGGCCUGAUGUUUCAGUCUUUUUAACCCUGCCAUCCCAGCAAUCUUUAAUUCCCUAGUUGACACAUAAAUCUAUAUAUGUUCAAUAGCAACACAGCAUAAAACCCGUUCCUGUUGCUUGGAACAGGGUUUGGGAGAGGAUCUGUGACAGUUCUGGUGCGAUGUUGAGGCUGUCUGCCAGGCGGCUGUGUGUCCUCCUCAAAGCAGGUUCCUUGUUACGGGCUGCUGCUCUGUGCUGCAGGAGCAGAAGUGUUGCUAUGGUGCUUGGCGGGCAAUAUGAAGGAGUUUUUGGUGUGUGAUUUGUUCCCUGGGUCCAAUGCACUGCGUAUCUCUUUUUUUGGUCUGCCAGUUUUACAACAGAAAGGAUAGCACCUGCAGCCAGCAAAACAACUGCAACAGGCUUCAUAUUUGUCGACACUUUCUCCAAGGGGAAUGUAGAUUUGUUCCAUGCAAGAGGUCCCAUAACCUCUUGGAUACUCAUGCGUUGAGAGUGUUGGAAACUGGAGGUGUCGAUAGGAAUAUAGCUUCAAACAUCCAAGCUAUAUGUGAUCACAAGCAUGUGGAAUUCAACAAGGAACUCAAGAAGGGGAAGAUACACAACUACAAACCAAGAGAAAAUGCAUUGAAAAAAACGGCAGUUAGAAGUGUUAAAGAUUCGAUGAUGCAUUUGCAGACAGUGGACUCCACACUGCAUGUGCCACCUUCAGAAGGUCCCAGUAGCAAUGUACCCGGUCAGAGCCAACACCAGUUGCCAACAGGAGCUGGAAGUAAAGACAAAGAUAAGAAAGACGAUUCCUCUGCUAAAGCUUCAAAGGAUAACAAACAAGAUAAGUGUGAUGACAUAUGCGUGUUCUAUGUCUGGAAGUACUGCAGACAUAAAGAUAAAUGCAGAUUUGUUCAUUACCAUUUGCCAUAUCGAUGGCAGGUAUAUAAUGGGAUCACCUGGAAUGACCUUUCCAUGACGGAGGAAAUUGAAAAGGCCUAUUGUGACCCAAAAAAUAGCAGCAUAGCAGAUAAGAACAUUAAUUUCCAGACAAUGACAUGCCGUUCUUCUUCGCUUCGACGCCUCUCUACACCGUCAUCAGUCACAAAACCCACAUUGUUAUUGACUACACAGUGGAUUUGGUAUUGGAAGAAUGACCAAGGCCAGUGGAUUGAAUAUGGGCAACAGGGAGAAGGGAAUAGUGUGAACUCGCCAUCUUCUGCUAUUAUUGAGAAUUUGUAUCUAGCAGAUCCAGAUGCCACCAUAUCUUUCCAGGCUGGCUCACAUCAUUACCAGCUCAAUUUUAAAGAAAUGACCCAGACAAACAUCUCUUUUAAAACUCGAAGAAAGGUCUGUAGGCGACCGAAGUUUGUGUCUUCUGAAGAUGUGCAGAAGAUAAGGAAAGGCCAGAGGGAUUCUUCUAUUCCAAAUCAAGUCUGUCCUGUCCACUGGGAUCAAUCUGCACUGCCUGACUUGGGAUACAAGGCAGUGGAGGUCAGUAAUACAACCUCUGAAUACAACAGAAUAAAGCAACUGUUUCAUCAGACUAUGAAAAGCUACAAGGUCCUUAAAAUACAGAGGAUUCAGAAUCCAUCCCUCUGGAAAGUGUUUCAGUGGCAAAAGGAGCAGAUGAAAAGAGAAAAUGGAGGGAAGGAAGUAAGUGAAAGGCUGCUGUUCCACGGAACCAAGAUCUCCUUCGUGGAAGCCAUCUGCGUUCACAACUUUGACUGGAGAAUUUGUGGAAGCAAUGGAACUAACUAUGGAAAGGGAAGUUACUUUGCUAGAGAUGCUUCCUAUUCCCAUGCAUACUGUCAGCCUGCGGUGAAGACAAACAUCAUGUUCGUGGCUCGUGUAUUGGUUGGAGAUUAUGUUAAAGGCAAUGCAGCCUAUGUUCGCCCCCCGACAAAGUCUGUUGAUGGGCUUCGGUUUUAUGACAGCUGUGUGGACAAUGAGUUAAAUCCAUCCAUUUUUGUUGUGUUUGAAAAAUACCAGAUUUACCCAGAGUAUACGAUAGAGUACAAGGAGGAAGCAGAAAAAUGUAUUGUAUCUUAGAGGGAUCAGAGCUGUUUGUAUCCCUCAUCUUAUUUUCCGUAUUGCAGGUGUUGUCAUACUUGGCGACUUCUUUCUUUUUAAUGCAAUCCUUUGGAAUGUUAAUCCAAAGAAUUUCUGUAUUGUGGAGGGUUGGUAAAACAGAUGUUACAUCUGUUUAGACUAAUUGCCUUGUCUUCUCCUCUUCCUCUCUUAAAUGAAGCAUAGACAUUUGGGUAACCAUAGCAGAAAAAUCAGAAUCAUGGGAUGGGAAAUUGAAAGUUAUGACUUCUGUGGGCAAAUAAUUGUAAAUGCAUUUUCUUAGAAAUAGAGUAGAGAGGAUUUCUCUUUGCAAACAGUUCAGUUAAGAGAAAAAUUAGCAGUACAGUAGUUUUUAAUCAAACUCUCAAGUUUUUAGUAGUCAAAGAUUCUUUUCAGUGCAGAAUACAGCUGUUCUUGAUCCUAUCACAAUUCUAAACAAGUCAGUGUAUGUAAGAAUGACUUGACUUAGUUUUCAAAGUUAACACUUUGCUUGUUAAUGCUGAUACUAGUUUCAAGUUUAAAAUGGUAAAACAAAAAAAUAAAAAGCUUAUUUUAAAUCCAUGUUGUAAGUGCUCAAGUGGAGAAGUUUCAUCUGUACAAUGGCAGCUACCGUUUGGAUCAGAAAAUUGUUGGAUCAGAAACUUUUUGCAGAUCCACAGUAACUUGCUGUGUGACCUACACAAAAAUAGAGCUCAAGUGAAACUGUAAAAGUCACAACGUAUGAAUAAGCAGGUACUAAUAUUUGGUGGUUUGGCUGCAACUAAUGGCCGUAAGUAUAUAAAAACUGUGUCACAACGAGCCAGACUUUCAAGUGAAUGUGGCCACGUAUUUUCUCAAUGUGAGCAUUUGCUUAGCAAAUGCUAUAGGACAGGAGAAACAUCUUAAUCAUUGAUAUUUUCUGUCCUAAUUGUAUACGUUAAUUUUCCAGAAAUUUUUCCAGAAAUAUGUCAUGACUGGAAGAGACCAGUUAUGUUCUCUCGAGGCCAGUGGUAGAACUGCUGUCCUAAGACACUUCGUAUAUGUGUUUUGUUGCCCACAUUACAUUGGGCAACUCUCUGAGAACUCACAAGUGCAGUUCCUCUUCGUGUUUUGACGUCGCUGUGGGUGAUCCUGGAUACUGCUUCCCUGGGUCUGUUUUUUUGAUACACUUGCUUUGUCUUUGUCAGUGAUGUACAAACCUACUAACAGUGGUUAAGUU